AUGUCUUCGGACAUUGACCGUUCAGCUCAGCUGAUCAAUGACACCCCAGACGAGGAGCGCCGAGGGCUCCUCGACGAACCUGCAACCCCGCGAGAUGACGAUUCGAUCGGGCAGUUGUCGCAGAUUCCCUCGACGGAGGCCCCCAACUCUCCGAUAGAUCCUUCGGGGUCGUUCAAGACGGAGCUUAACGAUGAUCGUAUUGAGUCGAUCAUUCCGUCGUCGCUGACCCCUCCUCCGUCAUCCCAAGUUCCCAACCAUGCCGGCGCAGGUAUCGUCAACCCGCUCAGCUUCGUCAGCUCGCAACGAUCAGGCUAUUUCUCUCCUCCUGCAACCGGAAUUAACGGGCUCAGGAGAGAUGGCGGAGUUGCCUCCGAGUUCACACCUCCAGACCAGCAAACAAUCGCAGAGGCCUCUACCGAUGAGCUUCGCAGUUUGCUCCAAUCAUGCGUUACUGAACACGCCAGAUUAAAAAUGGAAGCCGCCCACCACAAGCUGCAGUACAACCUGCUUAGCCUGCAGGCUGACGAGGAUUCGAAGCGUGCCGCCGUCGAGCACGAGAUGACCCGGAAGGAGGUCGAGGCCCUGCGCAUGGCCGAACACUCGCGCCAGGCUCGCCGCGAUCUCAGCUCCACCUCUGAGACGGCCCAAGCGAAAUACCUGCAACUCAAAACCCUCUUAGAGCAAGCGCUGGCGGAAAAUGAUCUUCUCCAAAAAAAGUCCAAGGCAGCGCGAAAGGUCAUUCAGCAAAAGGAAGACGAAUUAGCCGGCCUGCUCAUUGACCGGGACAUGCUCCUCACACGCAUCAGAGAAAACCGCGAGCACUUCAAUCUCCUGCGCAGCCCCGGAGGAAUGUUCCACGGCGCCAUCACUCCCAAGGGGCAGACUGCCGCAAGCCCUGUCCAGGCCCGAGCUACGCCACGACAGACGCCCAGGUCAUCGCAGAGAGAGGCUCGUUCCGACCGCGACCACAGCAAAGAGAAUUUUGCAGUGCUGCUCCAGGCGCUGAGCCAAGAUACCAACAGCGCCCCUUCAACUCCGGUGACGGGUCACCGUGCAGCUCCUCGAAUUCCGUCCAAGCACACUCGAAACGUGCAGUCCAUGUCCUCGCUUCCAACGACCCCGAUAUACCACUCGCGUCUCGAAACCGGGGGCCUUCUGCCAUCUAUCGAUCUAGUUCCUCAAACAGAGCCGCCUUAUCGGCAGGGUCGCUUCGUCCCCGGGACACCCACCCGCCGCGAGCGACGCAAGAGCCGAGAGAGCACUAUAUCGGCCGAGGACAACGAGGAACUCGCUCGCCAGGCGCUCCAGUCUGUCGCGGCUUCCUUUGCCACUCGAAGCUCCGAGAAGCUCCGCGGCUCCCGACGGCAGCCUUCGGACGGCGAGGAGGAAGAAGAGGUGUUUGAGAGCCAGGCCAGUCAGGCGGCGUCGGAAAUGCUCCGCAAGGACCCCCGCGAGAGCUUUGAAGUUGCCAGCUCAGUCGCAACUUCACGAGACGGCACCCCGGCUCCGGCGGAGAAAGCUGCCAAGCUCCAAGCAAAGCUGUUUGGCGGUCUGAAUAAGAGCGGCCUGUCAACAAGUGAGAAGCGCAAGUUUAGCGGAAGCGGGGAGGCGAAGGAAGAUAUUUCGUUGCGAGACCGCGUGACGAGCCCGACGAAGAAGCUGCGGCUGGCGGGUGGGCUCCGUGACCCGGGCCGUGUUGGGCUGGGCAUCCAGUACAGCCAGGAGGCGUAG